AAUAAAUUGAGCCUCUUCUUCUGUGUCAAGUGUAAUAGUGAGCCUGAACAAAGUGGCAGACCUACCUGCUCUCAGGGGGCUGGACUGCAUGCUUUUGGAGCCGAGGUAAAACAAUCUCCUGUAUUUACCAUUAUUCACUGCACAUUAAGGAUGUCUGGAUAGUUUGAGCUUAGAAGGACAAGAGAUACAAACUUGGGAUCACAGAAACAAGCUCAAAGCAGCCUGUGUUUGUUACUCUCAAAAACUGUCUCCAAAUAAUUCAUUUACAGAACAAAUAAUAAUAACUGUUAUAAUCCUAUGUAGUUUACAUGGCUGCUUCCUUCCAGCAACUGCCCAAACAGCAUCAUGGGAAUAGUUUGGAAAAACCAUCCCCUGGCUCAUUUCCCUGGCCGAGUUAGCAGUAUCCUCACCACACAAGAGUUAGUCCCUUAAAAUGCUGGUCCAAACCUCAGUGCGUCUGCGGAGGAGAAAGCACAGCCACGAAGCCCAUUACAUUGAAGAGAUGGUUCUGCUGGUGGCACUGGCAGAAGUGCUGUUGGUUCUCGGUUUGGCUGCGGAGUCAGACUCCCUCUGCUCACCAACUACUUUUUACAAAAACUGCUGGAUCCGACGCUUCCCAGGUCUUCUGAUCGACCUGCAGGAAUCACAGCGGAGGGGAGCCCAGGUGCUGAAGAUUUAUUCCGAAGUCUCAUCCCAACAGUGCAGCAGAACCUGCUGCCUCCUGAAGAACGUUUCCUGCAAUCUAGCAGUGUUCUACCACGGAGCUCCUCAUGAGAACAUGAACUGCCUGCACGUGUCUUGCCCAGCACUGGAAAGCUGCAUACUAAAGGCUAGAAUCAACACCAUUUUGUACAACAUCACAACAGGGAUUGAUCCAGAUCUUCUUAUUUUUGAGAAACUGACACCAAAAGAGCCAAAUACUCACUCCUCACUGAACAAAUACAAAAGGCAAAACAGUACAAAGAUGACUGAGCUGGAAAGAUGCCAGCAAACUAAUGUCACAUCAAGUUCUCUUCUACCCCAAGCUCCAUCUUCUACCACUAGCCACAGCUUAAUAUCAGACAGUUACACAUUCACCACAAGCCUGAUGGUCCAAAAAACUAAAGUUACCACUUUGUCCAGGCGAGAAACUUUUCCACUGGAUGACCAUUUUGCUACGAAGACAAGCACGACUUCAGUAAGCACCAGGUCUAUCGCCAGCUCAGACCACAGGACUGUACCUUCAACUGUGAUAUCUAAGUCUACCGAGGUGUUAUCCCACGUGCCCACUCCUCCUCGUCUGAACAGCAGUAAGCAACAUUUUAACGAUACCAAAGGCUACAGCGGUAGGAACUAUACUUCAGAUAAUGAGGCACCCGCUUGGGAGGCUGUAGCUCUGGGUGUCUGGUUGAUUCCUGUCAUUCUUUGCUCUUCUCUCAUCUUCCUUUGCUGUUGUACUGUUGUUCUUGCAGCAGGGUGUUGCAGAAAGAGAAGAGGUCAGUAUAAGCCCAUAAGGAGAGGAAGAACAGUGAAUAAACCGUUCAUAAAAUAUACUACUGUCAAAAGUAGUUUGUAA